GAACACUUCAACGCAAUAUUUUUAUUUUCGUUUUUUUUUUUGUUUUUAAAAAACUUUGAAAAUAAACAAACAACGGCAUAGUGAAAAUAAAUACAUAUUUUGUGGCAAUAUUUCGCGUGUAAAAAGCUAAACUGGCAGGCCAAAGCUAUUACAAGUGAUUAGCUUAAGUGAAAAAUCAAAAGAUAUUUUUACAUGCAGUUUGAAUAAACAAACAUAAGCCAAAUAAUAAAAAUAAAACGAAACGAAAAAAUUGAAGGAGAAAAAGAAUGUCAUAAACAACAAGUGCAUUCAGUGCGGGAGUAAACAAAACAACAAAUAAAGCAUAAAAAAGUGCUAAGCGAGCAUAUAAAAUUGGAAAUUGGAGUAAGAUAAUCUGCAUACCAAUUGUCCAAGAAGAACAAGAACACAAAACUAGUUUGCAGCAAUAGGAAGGAGGAACACGAAAACAACACCAACAAGAACAACAAGAACACGGCGGCAGCAGCAGCGACAGCGACGAUAACAAGAACGACGCCAAGGUAGUUAACGAGUUGACAAGCAAAGUGCCGAGCAGACAGGCGGGCGGGGCGGUGGCGGUGGUGCGACAGUGCUAAGAGCGAAUGAGAUAGCACCGCAGCAACACAUCAACAAGAGCGAGUGAGCGCAAGCGUAUCAGCGUAUCCGUGUGUGUGCGUGUGAAACCAGUUCUCUCUGUGCGCGCGUGUGUGUGUGUGUGUGUGUAAGGGGAGUUGGGGGCGUGCACACACACUAUGCAAAGCAGUAACAACUAAACUGCAGCAACCACAACAAUAACAACAACAGCACGCAGAAGCAGAGGAAGCAACAAGUCAAAAAGGAUGAGCGCAAUUUGGCCACACUCGAAAUGCUUAUUGGCAGCACUGCUGCUGCUUGCACUGUGGCGCCCUCAAGCGGCGAGCAGCGCCAGCGGCAGCCAAUGCGAAAUCAUACGGAUUGAAAUGUGUCGCGGCAUUGGUUAUAAUGAGACCUCCAUGCCCAAUCUGGUGGGUCACGAGUUGCAAACCGAUGUGGAGUACACGCUGCAAACCUUUGUGCCGCUCAUCGAGUACAAUUGCAGCUCACAGCUGAAGCUAUUCUUGUGCGCCGCGUACGUGCCAAUGUGCACACCCAAGGCUCCGGUUCAUUCCAUUGGCCCGUGUCGUAGUCUCUGCGAAUCCGUCCGGAUUCGUUGUCAUCCCGUGCUGCAGGGCUUCGGCUUUCCCUGGCCACCUGCGCUCGAUUGUGAGCGUUUUCCCCGCGAGAACAAUCACGAGACCAUGUGCAUGGAGGGACCCGGAGAGACGGGACAUUUGCCCAUCCAGGAGCACGAGCUCCAACAAUAUGGCAUCAGCAACAGCAACAAUAAUAAUCUAUCGCCCAAGUUGACUGCCGACUGCUCUGCCUUGGGCAAAUCCCAUCUCUAUGUGAAGCUGCAACGUUCGGGACGCUGUGCUCCACUCUGCGAGGCGGACAUUCUCUUUACGCCCAGCGAGAAGCAUCUCUCGGAGAUCUGGCUCUCCACCUGGGCCUACGCCGCCUUGGGCUUGGCAUGUGUGGCCACGCUUUGCCUGCUCCUCCUCGGCGGUGAUCAGCGUGCGGGGCGCGGUGUCAAUGCGGGGGCCAAAUGGUCGAGACUCCUCUCGCCGCUGUUGUGGUGCCACAACAUGGUCACCUUGGGCUGGACGGUGCGCUUCAUCGUUGGACGCAGCGGCACCGCCUGUGGCACGGAUCCCCAGGCGCCCAACGAAUCGCUCCUUACGGUCGACGGUCUCUCGAAUGCCGCCUGCGCCAGUGUCUUUCUGCUGCGCUACUACUUUGGCAUGGCUGCUUGCGCCUGGUGGGCCAUCCUCUGUCUGGGCUGGCAUCGGGACAUUCGGCGCAACAGUCCGGACACCAAAGGACACAUUGCGCUACCCGCCAAGCGACAUGGACAAGGAGGUGGAGGUGGAGGAGGCAGUGCUAAUACGGCACAACAGGAUUUAGCUCGCAACAAUUUCGUUUGCUUUGUGGCCUGGGGAUUGCCCGCAUUUCAAACGGCAGCGGUUAUUGCGAUGCGUUUGGUGGACGCCGACGAACUCUUGGGCGCUUGCUUUGUGGGCAAUCAGUCGGACAAGGCACUGCAAGUGCUGGUGGCGACGCCAGUGUUCUGCUAUUGGAUCUUCGGGUCGAUGAAUCUGAUCUCUGGCUAUUUGGUGCACUGUCGCAACAAGGAAAUCGUGCGCAACAGCAACGCCCUGACGCUGCAACAGCAACUGCAGCUGAGUGCACACAGCAGCUCCGGCAUUGGGAUCUUUCUGUUCAUCUAUGGCGCCGCAUGUGCGAUGCUCUUGCUCGCUGUGAUCUAUGAGUUUGCCAACAUCGAUGUCUGGCUGAGUGCAAGGGAAGCGAAUACGCCUCUUUGGCCGUACUUGACGCGUGCCUUCAUGGAGCUAAUGUUGGGCAUUUGCUGUUUCGCCUGGGUGCUCGGGCCAAGCAUUUCGAGCAUGUACAAGCGUCAGCUCUCAACGCGUCCCCUCAAGCCCGCAACGAAUGUGGAGCGUGGCCAACAGCAGCAACUCCAACAGCAGCAGCAGCAUCUGUCACUUCAUAAUCACCAUCAUCAUUCACAUCAUUCGCAGCAACACUCGCAGCAUCAUCAGCUCGAUGGCCAGAGCAGUUCACGUGGCUCGCACUUGGCCUGCAACAGCACAGUUGUGUCUUAUCACUCGGUGCGUCCGUCGCAUCAAUCGCUGGUCAGUGCGCCUCCGAUGAUUGCCAGUCCCUACAAAUACAAAUCGCCACCGGGCGCUGGCUCCAUAUCGCUCAAUCAAAUGUCCAACUAUUCCCUGGGACGCAACAACAGUCACAGUCACAGCCAACAACAUAAUCAUCAACAACAUCAACAGCAGCAGCCACAUCGCGUCUACUAUGCAACACAGAAGCAUGGUCAUCAUGGCCAUCAUCAGUCCACCAAUUAUCAACAUUAUCCGCAGCUGCAACGCUACGGCAAUGAGACGCUGCUCUGAGAGUUGCAGUCUGAUGUCUGAAUCGGGAUCAACAGAAGAGUCUUAGGAUUUAUAUGUAUUUAUAGCGAGCUGAGCUAAGCUAAUCAACCUCAACUGCAUUUGAAUUGAGUUAAAAACUUGGCAAACUUGGCUGCUUUAGUCAACCGAAAGAGAGCGCUACUAAAAUCGGCUGCUAUACUAUAUGCUAUGUAUAUAUGUAUAUGGCAUUUGAUUUGAGUUUGGAUCUAGCUUUUAUCAACAAUUUUUAUGUAGCGUUGACUUUGUGCAAAUUUGUGCAUUUGCUUCCAACUACUUUAUACUUUAGUUUCAACUAUUUUAUUGCGUGUCAUUUGAUGUUGUCUUGUACUUUAUAUUGUGUGUUUUAUAUACUAUAUGGUAUUCUGUUUCUCUGUGUUUGGUCAUGAAACGAAUUCAAGUUUAUUUCAUGGCGCAAACAAAUAAUAUACACACCUUUUUUUUUGGAGUGUAACCAAAGUACAAUUUCCAGUUGAAGAAAAGCGAACUGUAACAAUUCUUGCCCCGCAUACAAUUUUUGUUCAUUUUUAGCAUAAAUGUACUAUAAAUAAUGUUGUUUGUUUGUCAUACGCAGCAACAAAUACUGUGAUACUGUGAUUUAUGUGCGUUUCUAUAUAUAUAUAUUUUUUUUUGUGUAAUGAUAAAGAUUAAUAACAAACCCUGAUUUCAAUUGACAUACUAAACAUAAAACAAACCGCAAAGUGUACUUAAAACAAUUGUAAUUGUAUAUUGUAUUCAAUGUGCCAUUAGCUUAAGAGAGAGAGAACUUAUCGGAACUUCCAUGUACUUAAAAUAAUACAUUCACUAACUAUAUUUAUAUAUUUGUAUUGACUUGCCUUCAAUAAUGCCCGCUGCACAUGGAAAAUAAGAUGUAUGUAGAUUGCCUUCCUGUAGAUAAUGU